GGUAAUCUUUAUUGGUUGUUUCUACAAAUUUUUACCUAUAAAUACCACCCAAACUCAUUCAUUUUUCUCCAUUCUCUCUCCUUAAAAUUGCAGCAACUUUUCUCUUCUUUAUAAUAAAAAUAUUAAGUUAUUUUACUCCCAAUACACUACCAAACCUUUCCCAAAAGACUAGAAGAAGUUAGAGCCAACUAGAGUUCGUUUAGAGCCCGUUUAAGCUCCAUAACACCUCUAAAGUCUCGGUUCCUUACUAGUCUUCAACAAGUCCGUUUCACUUUCUCUCUCGAACUCGAGAAUGGAAGCUUUGAACAACCAACCUCAUGUGUCCGGGGAUUCCGAGGCAUCAAACAUUGGAAACUUUUUUGGUGGAAACCCAGGAAAUAAUAAUAACAAUCUCAACGCUAACAAUGAGAAUAUCGUUGGAAAUAACGUAAUCAAUCAAGUGGCGGGAUUUCUCCACCAGCUUGCUACACAAGUCCGUCCAGAAGGUUGGAAUUUAGAUCGUCUCAAGAAGAAUGGUGCUUGGGUAUACAAGGGAGGAGAAUCGGGACCUCCAGAAGUCGCAGAGCACUGGAUCGAACAGACAAAACGUGUUUUUGAAGAUAACCUCAUUCAAGAAGGAGAAUGGACUCGACUGGCCAUAUCUCUACUGCAAAAUGAAGCAUAUGAUUGGUGGAAAGUUGAAAAGACCAAAGAAGGACUGCCUGAACCCCUAACUUGGGUAGCAUUUGAGAAAGCUUUUUCUGACCAUUACAUACCUCCUUACUAUCGUGACACAAAAAGAAAAGAAUUUCAAAAUCUGAAACGUAAAGGGAUGUCUGUGGAAGCUUACAAAACAAAAUUUGUUAAGCUAUCUAAUUAUGCUAAGGAUUUAAUCACUGAUGAGGAGAAACGAUGUGAGUUCUUCAUCGACGGGCUAGAUGAAGAAUUCCAAAAGAGUCUCAACGGGACUGUACAUCGGAACUUCAAUGAGCUCAUCAAAGCAACAAUGCGUAUUGAUUCGAUCGGAAAGAAAACCUUUGAUCAAGGGGAAGCAUCAUCAAAGAAGAACAACUCCAAUACAAAGAAUGUUGGUUGGGGAAAAUAUGGUCCCAAACAACAACAAUACUUCAACAAUAAAAAGAAGACGGAAACUCUGGUUGAGAGGCUUGAAUGCCCUACAUGUAAUCGUCGUCACAAUGGGGAAUGUUGGUUUCUAACUGGAGCAUGUAUGCGCUGUGGUCAGAAAGGUCACAUCUCAAAGAACUGUCCCAAACGUACUGACAAGGCGAAAGCACCGAUUCAGAAUAACAACAACAACCGCCCACCUCCAAGACAAGCUCCACCAGUGCAAGGAAACAAUGGCAACAACAACAAUCGAGUUCCGGCAAGAACAUAUGCAAUGCAAGGGAGGGAAGAUCAACAGAACCGUAAUGUUAUUAUCGGUAUGUUCACUAUAUUCGAUAAUGACCUAUGUGCUUUAGUUGAUCCUGGAUCUACACAUUCUUAUAUUUGUGUGAAUCAACCUUUUACGAAGAUGUUGAACAAAAGUUAGCUAGAUAAUCCGAUACUAGUUUCAAACCCCUUAGGCCACAGUAUAACCCUAAGAGAGAUCGGAUUCGGGGCAUGUAAUUGCCUCGAGGUAGGUCUCUGGUUCGCCUUGAUCUACCAACAAGACGUCACCUUCAUCAGACAUGAGAAAUCCAUAUCUGACCGGAGGAUUACGUAUCCGGUCUGACCUACGUGGUAUAUCUUGAGCAAUUUGAGUCAAGAAAGUUGGUCCCGGAUAACUUGUUGUUUUCCAGGAUGUAACGCAGGUUGAAAGGGUUGUUGUUGUUUGCCAUCUACAGAAAAUUUUGCAAACUAGGUUAUCUAUCAUGUUUAAUAAUUAAUUAGGCCUUUAAUUAAUUAUCUCCCACUAUUUUUAACAAAUCAAUAACCCUCGAUAUUGAUUCGGAGAUUUCCGGCGAAACCUCUAGUGGGCCAAGAUCCAUAUUUCAUUAUCUUGCGUUCCGCUUGGGCGUUACUCCACAAGACAACUAUUUAGGUAGGAACAUAGUUCCAACUGAUGAGCCGGGCUCUCAGCUCUUGGUCUGGUGUUGGGCGAACAAUAUUACUACAAUCGGACCAGGACACCUUUUCACCAUACUUGUAAUUGGCUGAGGCACGUCUUACAAGCAGACUACUUUGGUUAGGAACAGAGUUCCAAUUAAAUCAUAAAGAUCCAACUCCUGGCUGGAUGAGCGAGUAAAAUCAUCCAACUUGUCAUUGAUGACCCCAACUUAUUGCCUCUGAGUCGUCCAUCCAUUUGACUGAGACUCAGUUAAGUCUAACCCAACGUGCAACAGCGACCACGCUAUGGCGAUUCCCGUAACGAGCUUAACAUACACCGUACUAUGCUCUGCUGAGGCUGAGUACAUGACAGUGCACAUUAGCCGGAUAGGUGUCGGGCGUCAGAAGGCAACAGACUUAAUAUUCGUGAGGGAUUUAUAAUUUCGAUCUCACCUAUCGACAUGGCCGCGCACAUGUCCAUUACUAGCGUUCAACAUACAUUCAACAUGCAUUCACAAAACGCAGUAAAUAAACGUGUAAUGAUUGUGGCCCCUAAAAGAAAAAUAAAACGAUAGCUCCCAC